AUGGUCAUCAGUAGCAAGAAAACAGUUGUCUUGUCACAGGGCACCAACAUCCCCCCUAAAAUCUAUGUCAGUAAUGAAACUCUGGACAACGUGGGUCACUUCUUGCUAUCUUGGCUCAGCUUUAACCAGCUCAUGGGCCAACAACUAGUGCUGAAGCAGCUGGAUGACCUGAAGGUGGAGCUGUCCCAGCUGCAGGUGGCCAAGGUGACUGGCGGAGCCACCGCCAAGCUGUCCAAGAUCCGGGUUGUCCGCAAAUCCAUUGCCCGAGUGCUGACUGUCAUCAACCAGACCCAGAAAGAGAACCUGAGGAAGUUUUACAAAGGCAAAAAGUACAAGCCUCUUGACCUACGGCCGAAGAAGACUCGUGCCAUGCGCCGCAGAUUGAAUAAGUACGAAGAAAGUUUGAAGACCAAAAAACAGCAGCGAAAAGAGCGCCUGUACCCUGUCCGGAAGCUUGCUGUUAAGGCAUAA